AUGGGUCUCGACCCAGAGCGGUUCCAACGGUCCAUCAUUUAUCCUUCCCCUCAGGUUUCAACCGCCGUCGUUGAACCCUACAACAGCGUCCUCUCCACCCACUCCCUCUUGGAGCAUACCGACGUGGUUGUCCUGUUGGACAAUGAAGCCAUCUACGACAUCUGUAGGAGAUCCCUCGACAUCGAGAGACCCACUUACACCAACCUGAACCGCCUCAUCUCUCAGAUAAUUUCUUCCUUGACCACCUCCCUCAGGUUCGAUGGCGCCAUCAAUGUCGACAUCACUGAGUUCCAGACCAACCUUGUGCCUUACUAUCGCAUCCAUUUCAUGCCCUCGUCCUAUGCUCCGGUUAUUUCUGCUGUCAAGGCCUACCAUGAGCAAUUGUCCGUGCCCGAGAUCACCAAUGUCGUGUUUGAGCCUGCCAGCAUGAUGGCCAAGUGUGAUCCCAGACACGGGAAGUACAUGGCUUGCUGCUUGAUGUACCGUGGUGAUGUUGUUCCCAAGGAUGUCAAUGCUGUAAUUGCUACCAUCAAGACUAAGAGGACUGUGCAGUUUGUUGAUUGAGAGAACUGCAAUGAGAAGAUGGAGCAAUUACUAAAAACAUGUUUCUACAGAGUUUAGAAUUUAUUCAAUAAAUUCUAACUAUUAGAAAAAAAAAAUGUGUUCCAG